AUGACUGAAGAAAAAAGGCUGCAACAGAUGGAGCUUCCUCAAAUGAAAUCCAUUUGGAUCGACGAGGACCAAGAAAUGGAAAAACUAUAUGGAUUUCAAGUAAGGCAACGAUUCAUGAAUGGGCCUAGUACGGAUUCCGAUGAGGACGUUGACGAAGACUUAGGGAUCGUUCUUGUGGAUAGUGAAAAGCUGGCCUUGCCGAACAAGAACAACAUCAAGCUGCCCCCUUUGCCCAAUUACAUGGCAAUCAAUUCUAACAUCAAUUCUAAUCAUAAGUUAUUAACUAAUAAAAAGAAGAAUUUCCUGGGCAUGUUCAAAAAAAAGGAUCUGUUAUCAAGGAAGCGUGGGUCUGCCACCCAAACCACGAAACAAUCCAGUAUAUCUACACCAUUUGAUUUCCAUCAUAUUUCGCAUGCUAAUGGCAAAAAGGAGGACAGCUCUUUUGAAUCGCACGAAAAAGAGGAACAAGAUGAUGGUGUAGAAUCCUUGGUCAAAUUCACAUCGUUGGCACCGCAACCGCGGCCAGAUUCAAAUGUCUCUUCUAAAUAUUCCAAUGUUGUGAUGAAUGACUCGAGCAGGAUAGUGUCUUCCUCCACAAUAGCCACAACAAUGGAUUCCCACCAUGACGGUAACGAGGCCAACAACGCCUCAAAUAAAACUAAGCAAUUGAACUCGCCUACAGAAUUGGAAAUGACUUUGGAAGAAUUGAGAAAUUAUACAUUUCCCUCCGUUCUUGGAGAUAGUGUCAGCGAAAAGACCAAUCCUUCUUCGCCUUCCGUUUCAUCAUUCUCUAGCAAAUUCAAGCCAAGAGAGUUGAAUGCGAUACAUACCCCUGAAUUAGAAAAUUGUUUCAAUGUCGACCAAUCACUAAACUCCCCAGGUAACAGAAUAUCUGUGGAUGAUGUGUUAAAAUUCUACUAUCAGUGUAGUGAAGCUAGUACUCCUCGAAAUACUUGA